AUGGAACCUUGGAUUCCCCAUUGGCUGCCUCAGCCAUCAGGGAGGCCCCCAGCACCAUCAAAGGAUCCAGACCGAGGGCUUCGGAGAGAUAGAUGCUAUCAGCCUAUUCCUCACUCUUGGCACGAUGGAGAGAGGGUCCAUCAAAGGCAAGACUUGGGCAGGAGCCCCCAGCCACAGCAGGACCCCAGGGCAGACCACCAGGAGCCUCAUUAUGCAGCCAGACCUGGGGAAUGGCAUCCACCUGUGUCUGGGGUUGCCUAUUACAAAGGCAGUUAUCCCAGUCAAUUGUAUUCAAGGUGGGGCAUUGAGGAUCUCUAUCAGAACUAUUACUCUCCAGCCCUAAGGGAAGAAUAUGCUUAUGGAAGUUAUUACUACCAUGGACACCCACAGCAGCUUCAGGAAGAAAGAGUGCCAAGGCAAGGGAGUCCUUAUAUCUGGCAGGAAGAUCAUCGAGAUCAAAAGUACCUCAAUGAUCAUCAACCUGAAAACCAGAAUAGUCCAUUUGGAACAAAUAGGGAGACCCAGUUCCAAUCUAAGAGUCGGAAUCCUUAUAAAGACAGUCCUGCUUCUAACUCUGGACAGGAGAGGCCCGGGGACCUGUUCAUGGAAAGUCCGCUGACUGGGGCCGAGAAAAACAAGCCAUCACUGAUGGAGGAGUCCAACCUUCUCUGGCAGCAUGAGUCUGGUCUCACCUCCAGCAGCUACGAGCUCAGUCAGUACAUGGCAGAUGCUUCCGAUCUCCAAGACCCCAUGACUUCAGCAGUCUGGAGCCCAGUUCAGGCUGAGGACGUCUCAGCAGCUGGUCCCAGGGAACCCAUGAAGUUCUAUGUCCCUCACAUGCCUGUGAGUUUUGGGCCAGGAGGUCAGCUGGUGUGUGUGAGUCCCAGCUCUCCCAGUGAUGGACAGACAGCCCUUGUUGAACUGCACAGCAUGGAGGUUAUUCUUAAUGAUUCUGAGGAACAGGGAGAGAUGAGGACUUUCUCAGGACCGCUGAUCAGGGAAGACGUGCACAAGGUGGACAUCAUGACGUUUUGCCAGCAGAAGGCAGCACAGAGCCGCAAAUCUGAGACACCGGGGGGCAGAGACUCGGCCCUACUCUGGCAGCUGUUGGUUCUCCUUUGUCGGCAGAACGGGUCCAUGGUGGGGUCUGACAUCGCCGAGCUGCUGAUGCAGGACUGUAAGAAGCUGGAGAAGUACAAGAGGCAGCCGCCUGUGGCCAACCUCAUCAGCCUGACGGACGAGGACUGGCCGGUGCUGAGCUCCGGGACCCGGGACCUGCUCACCGGGGAGAUUCCUCCCAGCGUGGAGACGCCUGCGCAGAUCGUGGAGAAAUUCACUAAGCUGCUCUACUAUGGAAGGAAGAAGGAAGCCUUGGAGUGGGCUAUGAAGAACCACUUGUGGGGCCACGCUCUGUUCCUCUCCAGCAAGAUGGACCCGAGGACCUACAGCUGGGUCAUGAGUGGCUUCACCAGCACGCUGGCGCUCAACGAUCCACUGCAGACUCUCUUCCAGCUUAUGUCGGGGAGGAUCCCACAGGCAGCCACGUGUUGUGGGGACAAGCAGUGGGGAGACUGGAGGCCACACUUGGCAGUGAUUCUGUCGAAUCAGGGUGGAGACCCGGAGCUGUACCAACGCACGAUUGUCACCAUGGGGGACACCCUGGCUGGGAAGGGGCUGGUGGAGGCUGCUCACUUCUGCUACCUCAUGGCUCACGUGCCCUUCGGCUACUACACCGUGAAGACAGACUACUUGGCCUUGCUGGGCAGUAGCCACAGUCAAGAGUUUUUGAAAUUUGCAACAACUGAGGCUAUCCAGAGGACGGAAAUCUUCGAGUACUGUCAGAUGCUGGGCCGUCCCCGAUCCUUCAUCCCUUCUUUCCAGGUGUAUAAGCUCCUUUAUGCUUCCCGUCUGGCAGAUUACGGCCUCACGUCCCAGGCCUUGCAUUACUGCGAAGCCAUUGGUACAGCCCUCCUGAGCCACGGAGAGAGCAGUCACCCUCUGCUAUUAGUGGAACUCAUCAAGCUGGCAGAGAGACUGAAGCUGUCAGAUCCUCUGGUUUUAGAACGCCGCCGCUGCCGAGGAGACAGGGACCUGGAGCCGGACUGGCUGGCGCACCUCCGGGGGCAUCACAGGGAGCUGCAGCAAAAGGAAGCAGGAGACGUUGGGGGUCCUCACUCUGCUCAAGCGGUUAUUUCAGAACUCAGAAAAACUCCAGAAAACACUUUCUAUCAUGAUCUUUCUGGACCUCAAGGCAACUCAGGAGCCUAUGGCGACCGCUCAGCUCUGUGGCCAACUCCGGAGCAGUCGCGCCCCGCCCAGCCCAGCCCACAGCAGCCCGGCUCCUACCCGACAGGCGGAAGUUCCGAGCAGGUGGGGGUCCCGGUGCCUCUCUGCUCCGUUCCCGAGACCCAUCUGCUGGGGACCGGUGGCAGCGUGGCAGCGACAGGGGCUCCCGGAGGAAGCGCCUGGGAGGGAGCACAGCAGAUACACCUGCCCCCUGGAGAGAACACAGUGUCUCCAGAAACCCUCCAGCAUCCUGAUGGGCAGGAGACUGUUUCCAGACCCCAGGUGCCACUGAUUCCCAGAGCUCGAAGUGUUUCCGAGAGUUCCCCUGUAUCAGCCAAGGAGGACAAGGAGGAGUCCUCUGAUGAGGCAGAUAAAAAGUCUUCACAAAGUACCACCCAGAGAGAAAAGCCUGGAAACGUCAAGGAGAACACAAAGAGCUCAGGGUUUGGCUGGUUCAGCUGGUUCCGCUCAAAGCCCACCCACAACGCAUCCCCCUCUGGAGACGAAGACUCGUCUGACAGCCCGGACUCUGAGGAGAUGCCCAGGGCAGCGUCUCCACCUCAGCCCAGCCCAGGCCUCUCACUGACACCCUCCCCAGACCCCCAGCCUCUGCUGGCUGCCAGUGCCUUCUCCAGGGACACAGGUGCAGAUGAAGCCCGAGGGUCAGCAUCUGGUCCGGGGACAGCUGAGGGCCCCGGGAGUGGAGGCUUGUUGGGACCUGAGGGUGUUUCCACUGAGCUCAACUUCAAUGCUGGUGUUCUGCUUCCCCCACCCCCCGUGACGGGGAGUGUUCCUCUCUACAACCCCUCUCAGGUUCCCCAGCUCUCCACGGUUACCAGCCUGAACCGGCCAAAUCGCCUAGCUCAGCGCCGUUAUCCAACCCAGUCAUGA